AUGGCUCAAGAAUGGGAUGUCAUCGUGGUCGGCUCGGGCAUUGGCGGCAUGUCCACGGCCUCUCUCCUCGCCAGAGCCGGUAACAAAAAGGUCCUUGUGCUCGAAAAGCACUUUGAACGAGGUGGCCUGACGCACGUCUUUCGACGCGAUGGCGCGUCUUGGGACGUCGGCGUCCAUUACGUUGGCAACUUGGGAGAGGGCUCGAGAACGCGCCUGUUUUACGAUUUCAUGUCGAGCGGCGCCCUUCAAUGGAACCGCAUGCCGGAAGAAUUCGAGCGAUUCAUCUAUCCUGGGCUUGAGCUCUCUGUGCCAUCCGAUCCCGCCAAGUACCAGGAGCGUUUGAUUGAGCAGUUCCCAGACGAAGCCGCGGCUGUGCGACGAUACUUUGCUGAUGUGAGAACGGCAGCCCAGUGGCAUGGCAGGGGGUUUCUGCAGCCAAUCCUCCCGUGGCCCCUGAGCUGGAUCAUGGCCGUAUUGCGAUGGUGGACUCGGAGUAAAGCAACCCAGACGACGCAGGAGUAUCUCGAUGAAAACUUCGAAUCUCCCAAGCUCAAGGGACUCAUUGCCUCGCAAUGGGCCGACUAUGGCUUACCGCCCUUCGAAGGCACCUUUGCCCUUCACUCUAUUGUUGUCAACAGCUUCUUCCACGGUGGCUGGUUCCCAGAUGGAGGCUCUAGUCGAAUCGCACGCACAUUUGAGACCGCCAUUGAGGCUGCAGGCGGCGCUGUGAAGGUGUGCAAGGAGGUCACAAGCAUCAUGACCGAUAGCAGCGGCCGCGUAACCGGUGUUAAGGCUCUUGAUCUCAGCGGCGACAGUCCGAUUGAGAUUGAAUACCAUGCGCCCGUAGUUGUUUCUGACGUCGGCGCUCACCUUACUUACAAGACGCUGUUGCCCACCGAUGGCAGGAUUGGACAACUGACAGCUCCUAUUCGCCGUCUUGUUGAUCGCGUCGGCAGCAGCAUCUCAGCCGUCACACUAUAUAUCCGUCUAGACAAGCCUGCGUCUUCGUUUGGCAUCAAGGGAGAGAACUUCUGGGUCAACACGACCUUCGACCACAACGACAUUGACGCCCAUGCCAAGGCCACUCUUGCAGGGAAGCCGCAUCGAUUGUUCAUGUCAUUUCCAUCCGCGAAAUCUGGCGACGAGCGUUUCCACACCGCCGAGAUGAUGACCUUUGUGAAGGGAGACGUGUUCGCAGCCUGGCAUGCGACCAAGCAUGGCAUGCGUGGCAACUCAUACCUAGAACUCAAGGACCGUAUCUCUCAGGGUCUCUUGGAUCUCGCGGAGACGGUUGUGCCCGGAUUGAAAGCCUCCGUCCUCUACUCUGAACUCUCAACGCCACUCUCCGUCGAGGAUUACGUCUCCAGCCCUGGAGGAGGAAUUUAUGGCUUGAAGGGAACGCGCGAGAAGUACCAAAACUGGAGCAUCUUGACAAGGCCAAGAAUCCCAGGUCUCUUCCUCAGCGGAUCCGAUAUGUCAUGCCUGGGAGUCUCUGGCGCCAUGAUGGGCGGUGUCAUGGCCGCAAGUCAAGUACUUGGUCCCUUUGGGUUCUUCCAAAUUAUGAGAGCGAUCCGGCUCUCGAAGACGGCGACCGCUACACCAGCAGCCGUAUUGAAGUCUUCAGAAAAGAAGAGCGCCGUGGUCGUAUCCAAAGCCGCGCUGACUCCCUUUAUCUGGCAGCUAGAGCUAGAACUUGAGGAGAAGGUGGAAUUUAUCCCAGGCCAAUUCGCAUCACUUCUUGUGGCACCAUUCGAGUGGCGUAGCUACUCAAUCGCCUCUUCAAAGGAGAACCGCCUGUCGCUGCUCAUCAGCACUCGCACCGGCGGCGAGGGGUCCAAGUCAGUUGAGGAUAUAGAGACGGGGGCCAGGACCGAGGUCGAGCUGCCCUUUGGCUCGUUCCGCCUGCGACAGAACAAUAACCGCAAGGUAUUCAUCGCGACAGGCACGGGUAUUGUUCCUUUCCUUCCCAUGUUUGCUGCAAUGGAUGCGGCAGGUGAACUUGAGUCGGCUGAGCUCUAUUUCGGAUGCCGGUAUGAAAAGGAGGACAUCACCAGCGGACUCUCGCCUCUACCGAAGACUACCGUCUGCGUGAGUGGUGAGAAAGUAGCCAAGAAUGUCUUCCAAGGACGGGUGACAGCAGCGCUCGGCGCGCUUACGUUCGAUCCUGAGGCAACAGAUUUCUAUCUCUGUGGUUCGCCGGCCAUGGUGAAUGAUUGUCAAAGCCUUCUGGCCAAAGCAGGGGCUAAACAAAUAUAUACUGAGCCCUAUUGA